AUGCCACCCAUUGAUGAAGAUCUACAGAAGUAUGUUGGGCAAAAUGUUCGUAAUGUGGAACAAGAAUUAAAAAGUAAAGGCUAUGAAGUACAUCUAGUUAGUACAGGUACCUGUGCCACAGGUUGUGUACCACCAAAAAAAGUCGUCUUUGGACAGCCUGAAUCCGAACAAAAGAAACGUAUCGUUCUUUCAUAUAAUGGCGAUGAUCCAGGCGAAAAAAUUACUUACAUUGGACGAGAUGACUAG